GAACCAUACUUAUGGUAUUCAAAUUCAACAUAACGGAAGAACAUAAAAAAAAUACAAUAAAAUGAAAAUGGCUAUGCCUAAAUUUGAGAUAUCUUUUGCCUCAUCAGCUCAAUCUGUAUGGAUGCUAAUUCUAACUUUGUAUUUUUUGGCUGCUGGGAAUGGAUCUAUGGCGGUUACUAUGGAUGCAUACUUGGUGUUCAUUGAUCAACCCAAUGGCCAGGAAAUUAUGCCCUUUGCCGUCCAGAUUCUUUCUUCUGUUCUUGACAGCCCAACUGCGGCCGUGAAAGCCAUAGAGUAUGUUCAAACAUUUACCGGACCGGGUUUCUCCGCCGUUCUCACUCGUGAUCAGGCUUCGCAACUUCAAAGUCAACCAGGAGUACUAUCUGUUGAAAAAACCAAAAAGUUCAGUCUGGAUUAAGAAGUUUAUUUUUGAGCUAAACGUGCUCAAAAUUUCGCCGUGUAUGUGAUAAACAUGAUUUGGGGCAUUUAUGUUAGAGAGAAUAUUUAACAUGACUUCAUUCGAGUAAUUUUUGAUUUGAUAUGUCAGAUCAAAAUCUAAUAAAAUCGCAUGCAGAUUUUCUUAUAUACGACCAAAUCAUGGUGUUUAAGGGAAAAAAAAAUCGCUAAAUAAAAGUUGAAGGAAAGUUUCCUUUUCUUCUCAAAAAAAAUCAUGU